AUCAACUACACCAACUUCAAUAUUGCCAUGAAGGACAAACUCGCGAUCGAUCUCAAGGGCUGGCCUGAGGGUGUGCUGUUCCAGUCCCCCACCAGUAUAAAUGACCUCAAGGCCCUAUUGAAGGUCCGUGACGCGCUGAAGGAUGGAUCAUGCCACUGGUUUCGUAUGUCCCCACGUCAACGGGAGGAGUAUGCUGCCGAACUCGCAGCACGCCGAAAGAAAGGAGAAGUUAUUGGCAAGCCGCGCAAGAAGCGCGCUGAUGCUGGUGUGCCAUGCAAGCGCAAGGGA